AUGGGCGCAUUCAUUGCCUUAAUUCCCAGGAGAACCCUAGGAGGAUCGGAGAGCAAACCAACCCGGCCUGCUGCCCACCCCACCCCCCCUCAGCUCAGCAGGGACAGGAGGCCCUGCAGAGCCCAACGGGGCAGGGAGGGUCCCUGUUACUAUGGCAACACAGCAACUGUCCAGUGCUUCAGAAACAGUCACUUCACUCUGGCAGUGUCCCAAGAAAUGGCCCUGGCAGGGGGGAAUACAUUGGCCAACGUCCACUGGCCUUCAUACCCUCCCGGCAGCUCCUCACCCAGGAGACGGGGUCCUCUGUGGCUUCAUGUCCACUGUAUCUUCAAUGCCACUGACUUCCUGCUCCUCCAGGCACCCAUCUUCCCUCCCCCCUCCCACUUCCCAGACACACAGCCCACUGAGGUUCGAGCCCUUCUCCCUGCAGAUGAGGCUCUCAGCACCUGAUCCAGGGAGGGGGACAACCCUAGCAUGAAGCUGCUCCAAGAGUCUGAUGCCACAGAGGUCUGACUCCUGCAGAGGACAGACCCAAGUCUGGUCCUGGCGCUGCACCUGUGGGGCACUCCCAGCACCAACCCCUUCCAGCAGCCUCAGGGGCACAUCCUGGCAGACCCUAACCUGCUGGAUGAGGGGGCAUCCUCUGGCUGGACCUACUGGAUGCUGGCUCAGGUCCAUUCCUCCUGCUUCUACUCCUUUUGGGAGCUGCCCACGGCCUUGUUUCUGGAAGCAAAUCAUCACGACACUGCCAGGCCCCAGAUUUCUCCAUAGCCAGUGGGCUUUGAGGACUCCUACAGGCAGGAGCCUAUGCCGGGGCCGGCAGGCUCCACCAGGAACGCCAACCCAAGGCCUCUCCUCUGGGUAUUUCUUUUGCUGUUGGCUGUUGCCCUGGUCCCAGAGGUCAGCAUCUUGUGGCCCUGGGCCAGACCAAGUGCAGACGCUCCAGGAAGGCAACAAAGCAUGAACAGACUCAACAGACCCUUGUUUCAAGCCUGCAGAAAGCAGGUGUGCGAAAGCUCCUUGUGA